AUGGCAAUUUUGGAAGCAUCAACGACUCCAACGGUUGAGAAUUCUGAAGAGAAUCAGGAGAACUCAGAGCCAUUGAUUCCUGGGUUACCGGACGAGAUCGCCGAGCACUGUCUUUUACAUCUCCCCUACCCUUAUCAGAUGCUGGUUCGUUCUGUGUCUUCGUCUUGGAACAGAGCCAUCACAAACCCCAACUUUCUGCUUUCCAAGAAAACCCUCUCGCUCUCUAUGCUUUACAUCUUCGUCUUCGCCUUUCACAAACCGACGGGCAAGAUUCAAUGGCAAGCCGUGGACCCACGAUCGGGUCGUUGGUUCAUCUUACCUCCCAUGCCCUGCGUCAAACCUGUGUGCCCUCCUGGCUUCGCCUGCGCAUCGCUGUCACGGCAGGGUGUGCUUUACGUGCUCGGCGGGAUGCGCUCCGACACGGAGACAUCGUUGCAAACGCUGAUGACCUACAGGCCAGCGCCGGAAAGGGCUGCAAGCACCAGAAGAACAACAAAACACCAAGAUGGAGCUGUUGAUUCUUUGACGCUUAUGUUUUCUUGUCCUCUUACUCUUUUUAUUGUAUCAAAGCCUGCAAAUCGAUCAUCAGAGGCGGAGAGGCUAAUGCAUAUUAAUUUUCCGUUGAUGACAGUGUGA